CGGACCCGCUCCGACCCCACAGUUUCCCCGCGUAGCCAGCGAUGACGAAGUUGCCGUAGCACGGGAAGAAGACCGAGGCAACUCUCUCUGGCUCGACUCCUCACCAUCGCGUUAAGGCGUACCGUCAGCGGGAAGUGCAAAUUUAAAGUCAAGGUCCCCGCUUAGCCCGAAGCAUCUUCUGCCCCUUUUCCUUCCUUUGCUGCAUCACUAUUCACUACUUGCUGACCGUCCCAGCCAAUCCCGUAUUCGAUUCUUUCUCCCUCAUCCAGGCUACGGCAUCACCCACGCCGCAAUGGGACUCUUGAGUUCGGCCUUCUUAGGCCUAUUUGCCAUUCUGGUGGCCGUCCUGGGCCCAGCGGUGAUCCAUAUGAUCAGAAUCUGCGGGCCUUUCCAAACCCCCCAUCCGACGGUACUGGGCGCAGGCCAGGGUCCUAUCGUCAUUGAGGAUACCGUUCAUUGCGAAGACUUGCACUAUCAUCGCCCAGCCAAUUUGCUGUUCACGGCAUGCGAAGACGUGAAAGAUAUCCGCUUCGGCUGGUUCCCCGGUCUGGGCCAUUUGGAUGCUAAAGCCGUGGGCCAGGGAUCUAUCCACGUCGUCGAUCCAAAGACCUUCAAAUCUACUCGGUUGGCCUUUGAAAACUUCAAUGGACCCUUCGUUACUCAUGGCAUCGACGUCAUUGAAGAUCCCCAAGACUCGGCUGCAGUCUACAUCUUCGCCAUCAAUCACCUACCCAACCCAGAGUUCACCCCUGACUCCCCCGACAUCUCCGCAGCACGUUCUCAGAUUGAGCUGUUCCACCACAUCCUACACUCAACGACAGUAGAACACGUGCGCUCUAUCCAACACCCACUCAUCCAAACACCCAACGACAUCUACGCCGCCAGCCCGACCUCCUUCUACGUAACAAACGACCACUUCUACCGCUCCGGCUUUUUGCGACUCGUCGAAGAUAUCUGGCCCUCCGCAAAAUGGUCCGACAUCGUCCACGUCCAUCUCGAACAACUCCACAACGUCCCCUCCGCCACGGCAUCACUGACAGCCUCGAUCGCCCACGAGGGACUGUGGAAUAACAACGGUCUCGGCCACGCCCGCUCCGAUUCCGAGGUCGUCAUUUCCAGCGCGGUAGGCGGGGAGUUGUACCUUGCGACGCGUGAGAAUAACAACACGUUGACCGUGCGCGAUACGAUCGUGUUCGACACGGUCACUGAUAACCCCAGUUAUUACGUGGAUCCGUACAAGAGUGAUCUCCACGAUGCGAGCGGGUUCGUUGUUGCGGGUAUUUCGCAGAGCUUUUACCUCCCGCAGACGGGACGGGAUCCGAAUGCUUUAGAUCCCGUUCAGGUCUGGUAUGCGAAGGAGGAGAAGGGUGGAUCUGGGACACGGGGAAAGGGGAAUGGGUGGGAGAAGAGGUUGUUGUUUGAGGAUGAUGGGCGGAGAAUUCGGACUGCUAGUUCGGCGGUUUUGGUUCCUGUUGACAGCGCAGAGGGUAAGGAGGGGAUGAAGAAGGCUUGGUUGUUUGUGACCGGGUUCUUGUCGGAGAGUAUGAUUGCCGUGUUGGUUGAGUUGUAGAUUGGGAUGGGUUGUUUCUGUCACCCCGCUUAUAACUCAACUCAAGUACGGCGGAGUAUAGGGGGGAGAGGGCCACGACCCUGAAUUUCUUCAAAGACCAUUUAGCGCUUUUCUUCCGCCCUAAGUAUAUUUUCAUACGUACUAUAUUACAAGGAG